AUCCUUGUGCACACAUCACAAAACAAAACCCCUUUUUGUUCUCUCUACUCCUUCUUUUUCCGGCCACCGACACUUUAAAAUUCCGGUAACUUUAUCAUCUCUGGCAUCGGAAUCCCAAUUUUAGUUUCAUUAUUAUCACUUCAUCUUUUUUAUUGAACAAAAAACAGUUUUGUUUUUGUGUAAUUCAAUAAAACCCCCAAAACCCAUUUAGAAUCUAGUCGGAUCCGGGUCUAAUUUUUUCCGGGUCACCGGAAAGUUUGAAUCUUUAAUAAAGAUCUUAUCAGGGUUUUUGUGGGGUUGUGAAUGUAUGAAAAGAAAAUGUGUUGUAGAGUUGAACAGAAUAAAAAAAGAUUUGGAAUUGGGGAAAUGGGAUUAAGGAAAUUAAGUGAAAUUAGAGUCGAGAAAUUAAAGAAUUCUGCAAGAUCACCGAAAAUUAAGAUGUGGGCAAUUAGAGGGAUUAGUAGUGUGUUAAUAUGGACAUUUUUGGUUCAAUUAAGUGCAAUAGGAAGCGGUGGUGGUGGUGGUGGUGAUGGAGGAAAUAGUAAUUGGGGUCGUAGGGCUCUAUCGUGUUUCGGGCAAGAUUCUUCAGUUUCUUCGGCUGCUUUAGAUGUUAAGUUUUUGCCUAAUGUUCCUGCUAAAGUUCUUCCACCCAAGAGGGUAUACAAGAAUAAUGGUUACUUGGUGGUGUCAUGUAAUGGAGGACUUAAUCAAAUGCGUUCUGCUAUUUGUGAUAUGGUGGCAAUAGCUAGAUAUUUAAAUGUGACUCUUAUAGUUCCCGAGUUGGAUAAAACUUCUUUUUGGGCUGAUCCAAGUGACUUUGAAGACAUAUUUGAUGUUGAUCAUUUCAUUACUUCCUUGAGAGAUGAAGUCCGGGUGCUUAAACAGCUUCCUCCUAGGCUUAAAAAGAGAGUUGAAUUAGGAAUUGUGCACACCAUGCCUCCCAUUAGCUGGUCUGAUAUUUCUUACUAUCAUAACCAGAUUCUUCCUUUGAUUCAAAAAUACAAAGUUGUGCAUUUGAAUAGAACUGAUGCCCGCCUUGCGAAUAAUGGUCAACCACUUGAACUUCAGAAGCUUAGAUGCCGAGUAAAUUUUGGUGCUUUGAGAUUUACAACUCAAAUAGAAGAGCUGGGCAGACGUGUUGUUAAACUAUUGAGACAAAACGGGCCUUUUCUAGUGCUUCAUCUUCGAUAUGAAAUGGAUAUGUUAGCAUUUUCUGGCUGUACGCAAGGAUGUAAUGUUGAAGAGGUGGAAGAGUUGACCAGAAUGAGAUAUGCUUACCCAUGGUGGAAGGAAAAGAUUAUUAAUUCUGAUUUGAAGCGGAAAGACGGUUUAUGCCCUUUGACUCCUGAGGAAACAGCCCUUACACUUAGAGCACUGGAUAUUGACCGGGACAUCCAGAUUUACAUUGCGGCUGGUGAAAUAUAUGGUGGAAAAAGAAGAAUGGAUAGCCUUACAGACGUGUAUCCAAAAGUGGUAAGAAAGGAGACUCUGUUAGGGGCAGAUGACCUUCAGUAUUUCCAGAAUCAUUCAUCACAAAUGGCAGCAUUGGACUAUCUUGUGUCAUUGGAGAGUGACAUUUUUGUGCCUACUUAUGACGGAAAUAUGGCCAAAGUUGUAGAAGGCCAUCGCAGAUUUUUGGGUUUCAAGAAGACGAUACUGCUAGAUAGGAGAGUUCUGGUUGAAUUAAUUGACAAAUACACAAGUGGGUCGUUGAGUUGGGAUGAUUUCUCGAGUGCUGUGAAGGAAACACAUGCACAACGUAUGGGAAACCCCACAAAAAGAUUGGUCAUUUCGGAUAGACCAAAAGAAGAAGAUUACUUUUAUGCCAAUCCAGAGGAGUGUUUGCAGCCAUCAGACGAUGAACCCAUGAGCAUCCUAUAAACAAGGCUUCGUGAAUUGAUUUUGGUCUCUGUAUUACAAGAUUACCAUUCUCUGCCAUGUAAGCAACCAGUGUACAAUGAGUAAUCUGUUCAAGAUGCGACGAUGCAACACAUUUUGCUGAGAUUGGUGACGGGGGGAUGCACGUGGAUUACAAUGUUUCCACGAAUAGAAGUACGGCGUUUAUUAUUAAUGAUGUCUCGUUUUUCAUUUUAUAUGUAUGGUUAUUGUCAAUAAGUCUCAUUCAUGUAUAGAAGAAACAUCUCCCUGACAUUACAGGGCUUAUUCAAGACUAGUGAUAUGUACACACAGAGUUGAUACAUUAGGUUAAGUUUUUUUUUU